UUUUUUUUUGUAAUUUGAAAAAUCUUCCUUUUCCUUCUUAUUUUUUUUUAUUUUUAUCAACCACAAUAGCUUGACUGGGAUGGAGAAAAGUAACAACAACUUUUCAACAGCUAUUCAGUUUUGGAAAGGUGUCAAUUUAUCAACAUUACAACAAGAUUUGGAUGAACAAGGUCUGGCCAUUGUUGGAAACCAAAAAGAUGGUUUACUUUCUCGAAAGAAGUUAGCUGAACAAACAAGAGAGUUUAAAAAGAUGUCUGAUGAAGAAAAACUACAACAAUUAAAAGCAUUAUUGAAAGGAUAUCAAUCUGAAAUUGAUAGUAUCACUCGUCGAACGAAAUAUGCAGAAAAUUCCUUCUUGACUAUUUACAAACUAUUAGCCGAUGCUCCAGAUCCAACUCCUUUAUUUGAAGCAGCUGUAGAACAAAGUGGCAAGUUAGUUGACCAUGAAGCUACACAACAACAAACUUUACAACUACAACGUGAACUCGAAGAAGCAAAACAACAACUUGAACAAUAUCAAACAGUAGAAAAACAGAAUAAAGAAUUACGUCAAAUCAAUACAGAAUUAAAGAAAUCUAUAUCCAAAUUGGAAACCAAGGUGGAGGAAAAGAAAACUGAAGAUUUAGCUCAAAAGGAACAAGAAAUGAAAAAUCAAUACAAUGACAAGAUUCGAUCAUAUAAAGAAAGAGAACAUGAUUUACAACUACAAUUGAAUCAAGCUUUGGAUCAAUGGACUCAACUCAGGGCAACCCAUGAUGAUACUCAGGCACAACUUAUUAGUCAUAAUCAAAAAUAUGAUCAAGAAGUGGUUGGGAAAUUGGCAGAAUUGGAUAUCAUUAUGAUGGACUUGGAACGAGCAAAUGCAAGAAUAGUAGAACUUGAGAAAAAGAGUGACGAUUUGAAAAAUGAACUUGUCGCUGCAAUCGAAGCUCAACAAGAUCAACAAGGAGGAGCCAGAACUGAUAUCGAUGCCCAACAUGAAUUAGAAAUCAACAAACUCAUCAAGGAUGUAGAAACUUACAAGGACUUGUUACAAAAAUCCGAAGCAAGAAACAGCAAGAAAAUCAAGGAUUUGAAUUCUGAAAUCAAAUCAUUGACCGAUUCAAACGAAGCUCUCAAGGUGAAAUUGAAAGGAUUUGAUGAUUAUAGUGAAAUCAAACGAGAACUAGAUAUCAUGAAAUAUGUCGAGUUCUCUACUGGCGGUGAUGAUGACGACGAUAACUUGAUCGACUUUAAUGCAAAGGAUGUUUUGAACAAAGAUGUGAUACAACAUAGCUUGGAAGUGCAACUGAUGGAGAAAAACAAAAAAUUGGAAAACGAUUUUACGCAACUCAAAGUGCGGUUUACUCAAUUACAAAAAACAUCAACGGAAGAUCAGACCAAAUUAUCAACACUACAACAACAACUUGAAGAACAACAAAAAUUGGUACAACGAUUGGAAGAGGAUUUGCUUCACCAAGUAGGCACAAUGAUCACAACUGACAAAUCGAAUACUCGACCCUCUACUGAUUUGUCUCAAUCAUCAUCAUCAGCUACCAUUGGAUUAGGUCUGGAUUCAUCGGGCCAACCAUCAUCCCCGGAUGUUUCUUCAUCUUCAUCAUCAUCAACGGCAAUGCAAAAAGAGGAUACCAAUAUCAAGGAAGGCAAGACCAUUUUACCCAUUGUGAUCCAGCAACGUGACCGAUUCCGUCAACGUAAUGCCGAAUUAGAACAGAAAAGCCGUAAUGUAGAACAACAAUUAUAUGAAAUGCGCGCUGAAAUGGAUCGACUCCAACAAGACAAUUUGAAACUUUAUGAACGAUUGAAAUUUGUACAUGUUUGGAAAGAAGAACAACAACGUGGUGCCACGAAUCGAACGACGACCAUUCAAAUGGGAGAUCUCUCAUCAUCCUCUCGAAGAGAAUUCAAGAAAUCACCACCAGCAUUAGGCAAAAGUAGUCAUGGCUUUUUAUCUGAAGAGGAUGGCACUACUGAUAAGUAUGGCAAACUUUAUGAAGAAAACAUGAAUCCAUUUGCUCAAUUCCAUCGCAAAGAAGAAAAACGACGAUACAAUGCUUUGAACCCGGCUGACAAAUUAACAUUGAAAAUGACUCGCAUGAUGUUCUCUCAUCGAUGGUCAAGAUACUUUUUGAUUGGCUAUGCCCUUUUAUUACAUCUUUUGGUUGUCACCACCUUGUACCAACUCUCAUUAUGGGAAUGCCGUCAUGAUCAUGAAUCACAAUUACCCACUCUACAGAAUGAUUAGCAUUCUAUAUACAUCUAGUCUAGUUUUAUACAAUGACUUUAAAAAUAAAAUAAAUAUUUGUAUUUUUUUUUUUAAAAAAAAAAUUACUAAGGUU